UCAUUCAGACUCUGAUACUGACAGAAGAAAGUCUGAAAGAUGUUUGAUUUUAAAAAUGUAAUGAUCCUUUAACAAUGGUGGGGCAUUACCAGUUUUUACCAGUUCACAUUAGCGUUCAUAAUUAUUUGAAUGGUGCAGCUGAGGCUGUCUGGCCAAUCCAAAAAUACUGUAAAAGUAAAUUAGGAAAAAGCUGCGGUAUAGAUUUGAUCAAACUUUGAUUAAACUUUGUCAUUCCACACGUCACUGUUACAGAUGCAGAUUGCAUCUAACCAGAAUUGCAAAAGAAGUAACUGAAAACACUGAAUAAGGAAAUUCACAUUGAAGAAGUGAUACGUACUGUAUCUACUGUAGACAGGCGCAGUGGUGGCCUGGCAGUUAAGGAAGCACACUUGGAUCCGGAAGGUUUCAGAUUCGGAUCCGCCAGCUGCCAAGUUACCACUGAGGUGCUCUGAGCAUGGCACCGUCCCCACACACUGCUCCACUGUUCACUUUAGUGAUGGGUUAAAAGCAGAGGUCACAUUUGGUUGUGUGCAAUGACGAGCAGUUUACUUUCCUUUUUCCACUUUCCUGCACGUUCCACAAUAUUCCUGGAGCUGAGCAGCAAGACCGUGAAGGACAGGAGUGAAAUCAAUUGCACCACUGUUCAGUUUCAUCUGCCAAAUGUCCAAGAGUCACAGUCUUUCGUGGUCUGCAAGCUGGACGAGGGCCACAGCAUCAAGACCGUCAGUGGACAGGACCUGCAGGGUGGACGUCCUCCAGAUAAACCCCAAAAACUAAAUUGCCACCUGACAAGAAGCUCAGACUUUAUAUACUGCUCAUGGAUGAGUGGAUCGCAAACAUACAUCUCUACAACCUACAAUUCCUCAAUCAGCAGUGACAAUGGGACCUGCGUGUAUUCAAAUCACAUCCAGGAUGCUGAAGAAAUAAAAAUACCAAGAAGAACAUUAGAUGAAAACACUAAAUAUGAGUUCACUAUUACAGCGUACAACUACUUUGGAGUCUCACGCUCAAACCCGUUCAUCCUGUGCGUAAAGGACAUAGUGAUACCAGACACGCCUUAUAUCACACAUAUAGGGUUUAAGAACACGUUCGUGGCAGUAGAUCUGCAGUGGAACACCACAGAUUACUCGGCGCACCUGAGGCCCUCCGUCAGACUGCGCGUACCAAAUGGCUCCUGGGAAGUGAGAGAGGAAACAGAGCUCAAUGAUACCCUGAUAAGAGUGGAUAACUUAAAGCCUUUGACUGACUAUGAGUUCCAGUUGAGGACAUGCAACUCCACGUCACGACUCAAGCACAUCACUGAGGCCGAUUUCACACCCAGCAGUCGGUCACUGUGCAGCAAGUGGAGCCCAUCUGUGAUGGGACGAAGCCCAGGAAAAGGUCCAUCUAAGCCCCUGGUUGUGUGGAGGACAGUCGACAGCUUUCAAAACGUGACUGUUUUAUGGAAGCCUCCACCUCCACAGGACUACAGCGGUGAUGUUUACCAGUACAGAGUUUUUCUGAGUAGGAAUGAUAUGGAGGACGUCGUCUGUCCUGCAAGUUCACGUUCACUACCAGUACCAGCAGAGGUCCAUUCAGUGAGCAUCAGUGCUGUCACCUUGUAUGGGUCUUCCCCACCAGCUAAUGUGCCGCUUGGACACUCAGGUGACCUCGGACCUGUUCUGAGAGACCCGACUCCCUUUGCUAACGGCAUAGCUGUGCGGGUAUCCUGGUUUGGGCCAAGAACUAAAAACUGGUCUACAUCUGGAGAACUUCUGCAAUAUGUGCUAGAGUGGACGAGCGUACCUGAAACAGAGCCACAAUGGCAAGAGGUUGACAAAAAUGAAGACAACACUUUAAUCACAGGUCUAACUGCAGGUGUCAGAUACAAAAUCUCUCUAUAUGCCGUGACCACCGGGGGUGUUAGCAGUCCAUCAUCUACCUUGGUCUACUCCAAAGAACAGAAACCAGCAUCUGGCCCCGACCUGUCAGUGUUGGGCCAUGAGAACAAGAUGAUUAAGAUUCUUUGGGAGAAGCUGCCUGUAAACCAGCAAAGAGGCUUCAUUAGAAACUACACCCUCUACAUACAAGCUCUGGACACCGGCGAUAAGGAGCUCAGGGUGAUGUUGCCGGCUUUUCCCAAACAGAUGUGGGUGGAAUGUCCUGAGGGGACUCUGUCUCUACAGAUGACUGCGUCCACUCUAGCAGGAGAAGGACCACGGAGCAACAGGAUUGUAUCUCAACCUGCAGCAGGCCUUGUGAUUGAGGUUGUUGUCACUAUCACCUUCUGCAUAACAAUCAUAGUCAGCCUCAUUUGCUGUAGGUGUAUUAGAAAAAGGAUUAAACAAAGGUGUUUAUCCUGGGGACCUGCAUGGCUUAGUCACACUUUACCAAAGCCUGGAAACAGCAAUGCCAUUCGACUGCUACAGCAGGACAGAUGUGAACCCUGUUUCGGGUCCAUUGACAGUGACCCUCUGCUUUCCCCCAUCACUUUGCUCUCCUGGGAGGAGAGGGAGGCCAUGUACCCCAUCAUUCAUGUUCACGUUCAAGUGUCGCAGAAACGACUGGAACAAGGUUCAGUAAAGAUGCCUGUUUUAGCCACAGAAACUGGGACGGUGCCUGUUGUUGGUGAGCUGCACCACGCCAGCUACAAGCCUCAUAUUGGUGAGUUGGCUUCGCAGGUAGACAAAGAAGAAGAAGAACAAAAGGAUGUGGCAGCAUGUGUGAAGGAGGAAGUCUGUCCUAGUGCAUUUGGAGGCUUGCUCUCCAGUGUGGAAGUGGAUUGUCCCGCUGUACCCAAGGGAACAGAUAUCAGUUCCGUUAGCGAUGGCUCGUGGCCUAGACCUUCUCACACAACAGCUGUAUCAAAGAUAAACUUCUGUGAGGGGACAAUGGAGACGCAGAGCCACGGUGAAGUCAACGACCCCCCUGUGAAGUUCCACCACGCUGACAUGACCAUGGCAGACAUGGCAGACACUUGUCUGUCUCAGAGAACGGUGGAGACUUUACUGGCUAAAGGUUACUUUCCUCAAAUACCUGUCAGCAGCUCUGCCCUUUGUGUAACACAGCGUUAGCUGCAACCAUGGAAGUAAAAACAGCAUUAUAUAAAGACUGCUUGAACAAGAAUUAUAUAUGUAUUUCAGAGCUGUCAAAUUAUAUACAUUUUUGAUCUGAUUUAUCAUAUGGUAUCUAUGGAUUAAUCAUGAUUCUGAUUAUAAUUAAGUCACAAUAAUCCAGAUAAACUACUAUUACUAAAUGGCAAAAAAAGAACGUAGAAAUUUGUCAAAUUUUGUAAAUUGUUAUAUAUAUUUGGUAAUUACCGUGCUUACCGUGUUUGUAGGCUAUGUGGAAAGUUAUUUUCAUAACCUUAGUGUUUGUCCUUAACCAUGUUUAUCAGUCCAAAGUCCCUUUACGACCCAUUUGACAUCACAACAGUGCUAGAUAAAAACGAUAAAUACAAUUUUUGGGGAGUUUACCCGCAACAGGUUAAUGUCAGAAUAGCUCCUUAACUUUAACCUCAUCAGAGCCAAUCACCUUCAAAACCUUUGCACUUAUUUUUUAGGACUGGGACAAGUUGUCUGACUUCUUCAGUGGUAGUCAAAUCACACUCUCUAGAUCAGGGGUCACCACCGUGGUGCCCAGGGUCACCUGGUAGCCCCUGUGGACUACCUACUAACAAGAGGGUCCAAAACUGUACUGUUACUGUGCUUUUUGAAUCAGUUACACUGGCAGUGAUAUUCAAGUGGAUGCAAUGACUAUGGUGAUCUAGAGUGUCUACUACUGUAUGGUUUGUUCUGGAAGUCUGUAUCAAACAAGUAGCUCUUCGCAUUACUAAGUACCCGUGAAGUAGUUCUCUGUUUCAAAAAGGUCGGUGACCUCUGGUCUAGAGGGUCUCUCUUAUGUCAACACAACGCAAACAAUAUUGUGUCAUUGUUAGGGCCAAUAGACAGUGUGUAUAUAUAUAUAUGUACUGUAUAUAUGUAAAUAUAUAUGUAUAUAUUUAUAUAUAUGUAUAUAUGUAUAUAUUUAUAUAGUAUAUACUGUAUAUAGUAUAUGUGAUCCUUGGCUAUUACGUCUAAAUGUAGGAUUACAAAGUGGGAUUAAUAAGGAAAUGUAUUCAAUGGAGUUUCAUUUUUCCAUUUUGUAAGUUAAACCAUUACAAAAACGUAUUCCACUGAGUUAAUUUUCAGACAACCCAGGUGUAAUUUUACCUUGAGACGUUUCAAUGUCGAGUGAGCUCUCUUCUUUACAGUAACACUCACCAUUAAAACAUCAUUUUACGUCAAGGUAAAACCACACCUCCGUUGUCUUAGUAUAAACUAUGUAUAAAAUAAACAGUAGAAAUGUA